AUUUCCAGAGAUAUUUUUAUACUCGCGUUCAAAAGAUUCCGCAAACUGUAUCUGGAGAUCAGGGUGACACAUCUUGCUUACAUCCGAUUGGGGUCUUCCAAUCUGCUUGGUAUGGUGGAUUUUUGGGGGGAGAAGAUUACAACAUACCAAGGAGUUAUCUGUGUCGCAGUCUGCACUGUGAUAGGACCUGAAAAUGAGAAAUCUACAGAUCUAGAUCUCAUCUAUGUACAAUAAAACUUCAUCAUCAAGUAUUAUUCUUGGUAUUAUAUAAAAUGACAUCAAAAAUUUCCCUGGUUGUUAUGUAUCCAAAAAAUAGUAUAAUCUCAUCUUUUUGUUUAUUGAAAAAACCUCUAUUAGCAAGGCGCAGCUGUAACUCUAACAGUCCAAAAAGCAAAUCUUACUCUAAACUAAUUAUUCCUAAAACAAUAUCUUUGCCCCCUUAUGUAACCGGUGAGGAUUAUGUUGUGCCCCAUUCAGCAGAAAUCAAGUCACCACAAGAGAUCAAUGAUAUGAGGCCUGCUUGCUUGCUUGCAGCUUCCAUUCUGAAAUUUGUAGGAAAUAACUUAAAGAUUGGAAUGCGCACUGAUGAAAUAGAUGCCUUAGUGUAUGCCAAAUGCAUUGAAGCAGGUGCAUACCCAUCGCCCCUAAAUUUUAAAGGUUUUCCUAAGUCUGUUUGCACAUCCGUGAAUGAAGUAGUGUGUCAUGGUAUACCAGGCUCACAUACUCUAAAAAAUGGGGAUAUUAUAAACGUGGAUGUGACAGUAUUUUACAAAGGUUACCAUGGUGACACUUCUGAGACAUUUAUAAUAGGAGAAGCUGAUGAACAAAGUAAAUCUCUGGUCAAGGCUGCUGAAAGGUGUAGGGAUGCUGGUAUUAGAGUGUGCAGCCAUGGCACACCUCUGUCUGUCAUUGGAGAUAUUAUUUACAACACUGCAACUGAGGCAGGUUUUCAAGUUGUGCCAUUUUUUUGUGGUCAUGGUAUUGGAAGGUAUUUUCAUGGACCACCUGAUAUUGUUCAUGUUCCCUGUGAUCUGGUUGGAGAUCAAAAAAUGCUGGAGGGAAUGACAUUUACAAUAGAACCAAUUCUGUGUGAUGGAUCUCCUGACAUAAGAAUUGAAGAUGAUGGUUGGACUGUUGUCACACAAGAUGGCAGUAGAUCAGCACAGUUUGAGCACACAAUAUUAGUCACUCGAGGAGGAUUUGAAAUUUUAACAAUGCAAGCUUGAGAGAAAAAAAUAGUAAAGUGUAUAUACAAUUUAUAAAAAAAAUCAAAUAUGACAAAAAUAUCUGUGCUGAUAAAGAAAAUAAAUUAACUAGAUAUAAAUAGAUAUAUUAUAUAUAAUGAAAAUAUUUUAUUAUUAGAAGACAAUUUUAUUACCUUUAAAAAUACUUUAUUCAUCUCCACACCUCAAUUAUGCCUUUGAUGUUGUUAUAUACAAUAAAUGUUUCUUUAUUCUGUUCAUGUCUCCAACUUAUGAUGAAUUAAAAUUUGUGUGAUUAUGCUAUCUUUAUAUUCAAAUAAUAGAGAAAUUGAGUUAAUUUUUACAAUUUAUUAAUGGGCGAAUAAGUAAAAAUAAAAAUAGCUAGUCUAAUUUUUGUCAUGUAUUUUUAAUUUGGAUUUUUUUUUUUCAAUCUAUAUCAUGAUUCUUGUCCAAGCUAUAUCAUUUUUUGUACAUCAUAUUACAGGAGAAUGUCAUUUAUCUGGAUGUCAAUUAUCCAGAACGUCAAACUUUCGGACUGCCUUUUUUUUUUGUUUUACAGUACGGUAUUUAAGUGGCUUUGCUGGUGUGCAGUGAAAGACAUGAAACCCUCCUUAACAGUAUGCCACAGAAACAGAUGACCUUUACAUCAUCUGCCCUAUAGAUCACAAGGUUUGAAAGGGAAACUUUAUAAAGUCUGACUGCCAAUGAUAACAAUAUACUCAUUGGGUUUUAGGGCAAAACAUUUUUUUCUUUUCAUAAUCCUAUGGCCUCCAUCAGUUGCAAAGUGACUAUGGAUUGUCUCAUACAGAUGAGAUGAAAACGUUGGUAUUAGCUAUGGUCUGAAUGAUGUCGCCCUCUCAGCAGUUCCCCCCUGUUUUUUGCAUCUGAUGUGUCCUAAGGAAUUGAAUUGCUGGUUUGGGAUCAGCGCAUCACAGGUUCUGCCAUGGUUUGCUACAAGAUGCUUAAGGGUCGCCUGCUUCUGAUUUUUCUGAAGCUUUUCCAAUGUUUGGGUGUAGCCUCAAUGCUGCAGAAUUUUUAUUCUCCUUUUAUUUAUAAUAGCAAAUUAUUAUUUGACUAUUGUAUUUGAUUCUUGAUAAUAGCCCCACAAAAUCAACAAGAAAGUGCAAAUUAAAAAAUAGAUAUAGGCAUUUGAUUCACUCAAUACACUAAAGUGAACACCAUAUCUCUUUUCCCAGGGGAAAUGAUUGCCUUGAAUUUAUAGGUUCAUAUUUAGGCUAACAAUUACAAGUUGAUAUUAAAAUGUAGCUCCUCCUUCGUCUUGAAGAUGAGCACAUUUCUCAUUUCUUAUGAACUCGAAGUCCAAUCCUCGCUUUAAAAUGCCGGCACACACGUCAUGGGUAAGUUGGGUCUACUGCAGAUAGGCCUAGCUGCUUCUUCUCUCACCUUUUGUUGGCUCUACGCACGUUCUUUCAUGCUAGCCACUCUCCUUGCCUCGUAUCUUGAAACUCCGACACUCACGGUUUCACGCCAUGAGGAGCGAUAGAGUGCUAGUGUUUCCCAGCCGUGAUUGUCAAUAUCACAUUCCUUGGGGGAGCUCUUAUUUGUAUCGCUUGUGUUGACCCCCCCCCCCCAGCCCUUUCCUGCACACAAUGCUCCCCAUAAAGAAGUCUCUUGGGAAGCAAUUUUCUAACAACAUGUCCAGCCCAUCGAAAUUGGGCUUUUUUUUUGCUGUGGCUUAGAUACUGUUCAUAUGUGACAACUGUAGGAUUUCAAUGUCUGAUAUGUGGUCAAACCAGUUCACCUGGUUAAUUUUUCUUAGACCGCGUAGGUGGAUGGGGUUUUAGCUUUUUGAUGUGGCGGGAAUAUAAUUUCCAGAACUCUGGUACAUAUAAGAAUGAAGGAAAGACUGUAAAUUUUCACUUUUAUAGAUAUGCUGAGUCCUCUCAGUUGCCACACUUGUUCUUGAAGUCUGCCAAAAGCAGCACUGGCACAAGCAACACAGAAGUCUACCUCGUCAUCUAGGUUGGCAUAUGGUCUAAAGUUUGUUAUUUGGUAUUAAAGUACAACUCAUGUUUCAA